AUGCUCCACAAUGGGUCAGUGCUCUGCGCCAGCGCCGCCGCCGCGGAAGGCCGCCUGCACGGCAGCUUCAAUUCCAGCCCAUUCAAGGUGGUGCUGCUGGCCUCUGGCAGAACACAUGAGCGAUCCUUCUCGGUCUGCGUCUACUCAUCGCAGACAGGCGCAUGGGGCGAUGUGAUUUCAGCAGAGUUUCAACCUGCCGCAAUGGAGCCUCUGUAUACUGCAUCCGAGCUGUACAUGUACGUCCCCAGUACCUUGGUUGGGAGCUCCAUCUACUGGCUGCUUCGUGGCAAUGGCGACACCAUCGUCGAGUUCGAUAUGGGUAGCCGGAGCCUGGCUAUGAUAGAGAUGCCACUAGAUCUGUAUGACCAUGAUAAAUCCAGCUCCUUCAUGACUAUGCCAGCGCAGGAUGGUGGGCUUGGCUUGAUCCUUGUGAAUGACUUCUAUGCCAAAUUAUGGAAGAGGGGGGCUGAUUGCAAUGGUGUCGCUAUAUGGGUGCCGGGGAUAACUAUUCAACUGGGCAAGCUUCUUUCACUGAAUGCUGAGCACAACAGAGGUCCACUGUCUUUGCUGGGAUUUUCCGAGGACAGCAAUGCGUUCGUGGCUGGGGCAUCUAGGAUCGGUAUCUUCGUGGUCUAUCUCAACCCUCUGAGGUUUAAGAAGAUUCAUGAAAGGAGGGAUCUCUGUAUCUUUCAUCCAUUUGAGAGUUUCUGUGUUGGCAGGUAUCUAGAGUUAUGUUCCGGUAGCUGA